CGGAUGCGCUGGCUCGCCCGCGCCGCCACCCCAGUGCUCGAACCGCCGCGCCCCAGCUCGCAGCUCCGUCGCGCGCCCGGCGCUCAGGUCCCGCCGCGACGCGCCCCUGUCCCGCCCGCGCAGGGCCGGCCUGGCCAUGAGGGUCCUCGGUGGGAGCUGCGGCGCUCUGCUGCCAUGCCUCGCCUUAGUGUUUUCCGUCUCAGAGGCAAACUUUUUGUCAAAGCAACACGCUUCGCAAGUUCUGGUUAGGAAACGCCGUGCGAAUUCUGGUCUUGAAGAAACCAGGCAGGGUAAUCUUGAGAGAGAGUGCAUCGAAGAACUGUGCAAUAAAGAAGAAGCCAGGGAGAUCUUUGAAAAUUACCCUGAAACGGACUAUUUUUAUCCAAAAUAUUUAGGUUGUCUUGGCUCCUUCCGAGCUGGAUUAUUCAGUGCUGCACGUCAGUCAGCUAAUGGCUACCUUGACCUGAGGAGCUGUGUCAAUGCCAUUCCAGACCAGUGUAAUCCUCUGCCAUGCAAUCAAGAUGGAUAUAUGAGCUGCAAAGAUGGCCAGGCGACGUUCGUGUGCACAUGUAAACCCGGUUGGCAAGGAAAGAAGUGUGAAUUUGAUAUAAAUGAAUGCAAAAAUCCCUCAAAUAUAAAUGGAGGUUGCAGUCAGAUUUGUGAUAAUACACCUGGAAGUUACCAUUGUUCCUGUAAAAGUGGUUUUUUCCUACUUUCAAAUAAAAAGGACUGCAAAGAUAUGGACGAAUGCUCAUUGUGGCCAGACAUUUGUGGCACAGCUGUGUGCAGGAACACCGUGGGAUUCUUUGAAUGUGAAUGUGCUGAAGGGUACAGAUACAAUCCCACAUCAAGGUCUUGUGAAGAUGUGGAUGAAUGCUCGGAGAACGUGUGUGCUCAGCUUUGUGUCAAUUACCCUGGAGGUUAUUCUUGUUACUGUGAUGGGAAGAAAGGGUUCAAACUUGCCCAAGAUCAGAAGAGUUGCGAGGCUGUUCCAGUGUGCCUUCCCUUGGACCUUGACAAAAACUAUGAACUACUUUACUUGGCAGAGCAUUUCAUAGGGGUUGUUUUAUAUCUAAGAUUCCGCUUACCAGAUGUCAUCAGGUUUUCAGCCACAUUUGACUUCCGGACAUAUGAUUCAGAAGGUGUUAUCCUGUAUGCCGAAUCUCUUGAUCACUCAGCUUGGUUCCUGCUUGCUCUUCGUGGUGGAAAGCUUGAAAUUCAGUUUAAGAAUGAAUAUACAACCCAAAUUACAACCGGAGGCCAAGUUAUUAAUGAUGGUGUAUGGAAUAUGGUCUCUGUGGAAGAAUUAGAACAAAGUAUUAGUGUGAAAAUAGCUAAAGAAGCUGUAAUGGAUAUAAAUAAACCCAAAAGCCUUUUUAAGGCCACAAAUGGAUUUGUCGAAACCAAAGUAUACUUUGCAGGAUUACCUCGGAAACUGGAGAAUACACUCAUUAAACCGAUUAAUCCUCGUCUAGAUGGAUGUAUACGAGGCUGGAAUUUGAUGAAUCAAGGAGCUUCAAGAGUAGAGGAUAUUAUUCAAGAAAAACAAAAUAAGCAUUGUUUUACCACUGUGGAGAAGGGUUCCUACUAUCCUGGUUCUGGAGUUGCUCAAUUUAGCAUAGAUUAUAAUAAUAUAUCGAAUUCUGAGGCAUGGCAUAUAAAUGUGUCUUUGAAUAUUCGCCCAUCCACGGGCACUGGUGUUAUGUUUGCCUUGGUUUCAGGUGACACAGUGCCCUUUGCCUUGUCCUUGGUCGACUCCUCCUCUGAAAAUCUUCAGGAUAUCCUGGUAUCGGUUGAAAAUACGGUAAUAUCCCGGAUAGAGGCCUUAGGUCUGUGUUCCAAUCAGCAAUCCCAUCUGGAAUUCAGAAUCAACAGAACAAGUCUGGAGCUGUGGACUCCACUCAAAUAUGACAUCAUCUACGCUGAAGAUCUUCAAAGACAAUUUGGCAUCUUGGACAAAGCAAUAAAAGGAACAGUAGCCACUUACCUGGGUGGCCUUCCAGUUAUUCCAUUCACUGCGACACCAGUGAAUGCCUUCUAUAACGGCUGCAUGGAAGUGAACGUGAAUGGGGCACAGCUGGAUCUGGAUGAAGCCGCUACUAAGCACAGUGAUAUCAGAGCUCACUCUUGUCCAUCAGUUUUGGAAAACAGAAAGCAUCCUUAAGUCAUCUUUUCUCUGCUGAUGACAUCUUUUUCCUGGGUGUAAUUAUACUUAUGUUUCAAUAAUAGUUGAAGGGUUUUACUUAUGGUGGGCAAACCUUGAUUAUUUUAUGGUACUUUGACCUUAUUGAAAUUUUAAGAAGGUCCUUUUUUGAGAAAAUAAGAUUCUCUUGUGAUAGAAAUCACAUUUAAGAAAUUCUUACCUCUGUUGCUGUCUAGAAAUUAAAUAAUGAAAAUCAAAAAACUUUAGAGUUUUUUGCUAUAAGUGACAUGUCUUUAUUUUUAUGUUUAUAAAUUUAAAUAGUAUCAUCAUGAAUUAGUGUUUAGAUAUCAAUUUUUCUUAGAAGGUAAAGAAGUUAACCUAAACAAAUGUUCAUGGGACUCAAUACUGUUGAUCAUAGCAGAUACUAUUUUAUUUGUUUGUUUUUUUUGUUUCUUCCUAAUGAAGGCAGAAGAGACAGUGGGCAUAUUAAUUGGAAUUGAGUGGAAGGCCUUACAGCUUUAUUCCAAAAUAACUCCUCAGGGUACCAGCUUUCGCUUCAUCUUUCUCUGACCGGCUUCACAUGUGAACCAGUAGUUUCACUGAAUUAGAAAACAAGUAGACACAUUUUUAGACAGCGGCACAUGUGUCUUGCCCGUUACUAACUGGAUUCCAUGAGAAUGAGAUACCAGAUUGUGUUGGGAUGGAUGUGGAAUCCCGGGGGGGGGGGGGGGGUACAUUCCUUAAAUUUGGCUCUGUGGGUCACACAAGCUCUUGAUUAGAAAAAGCAGAACCUAAUGAUGGAAAGAAUAAAUGAUUCCAAUUACCAGAGUAAGUUGCCAGAAUGUGACUGAUUAUUGAAAGACAAAAGGGACCAUGAAAACUAAAAUAGAUAUUAAUGAAAGUGUAACAGAAGAGGAACAGAGUUAACGUUGUGUCUUUGAAGAAAGCAGUUUUAUCACUCCUAAACCUACCAUUCACGUUAGGAAUGUAUCUGAUAUUUCAUUGACAGUUUUAGAAAACAAACAUUUUUCCCCACUAUUGAUAUUUUAUAUCAUGUAACACAUAAUAAAUUGGUGUAUAUUUUAAAAUUUUAUAUGAAUGAUAUCUAUAUUCUGUCAACUCUUUGAACAGAACAUAAAAUUACCUUAGCCAGGUAGCUCAGUUGGUUAGAAUAUCAUCUCAAUACACUGAGGUUAUUAAAACGACUAUGAGGUAUCACCUCAUACCUAUCAGAAUCUGUCAGAAUGGCUGCCAUCAA